AUUCCUCUAAAUCCACGAGAAGCAUCGAUGAUCUCCGGACAAAUGGUAGGUAAAGCCGAAUGUCGAAUCCAGCCGAGUUUAGGGUCAUGCUGGAAAUGUGUUUCGGCAAAGUCGUUAUUCUGGAACGUGAGGAAUACGUUAAGAGAGAGAGAGAGAGAGGGUUCAACCAACAACAACUAGGUUAGAGCUUUGAAACUCUUGACCUGCUUGUGUUAGGGAAAAAAAAAGUUCUCUUUUAGGCGUUAACAAGAACUGGGGCAUUGAUCAUGCGGAAACCCAACAUGGGAAUCGUGGAAAGGUCUGUGUUUUGGGUGUUUCCAUGUUGCCCUUGGCCAAGUGUUUUUGUUCUCUUCUUACAGGCGUGCACCUAGCCAAUUGAUUCCGUUUGAUUCUUUCCCUAUUUAUCCAUAUACGCCUCAACCCAUCCAUGAGAUUGAAAUCCCUAAAGUCUGCCCUCUUCUCUGAUUCUGAGUUUGUUGAAGCAGAUGGAGCAAGAGGAAGCACCCAUGUUGAGAACAAGUCCCCAGCUGGAGAUUGAGAUUCCAGUAGUCCCUGAAAAAAUUGAUGUUCAUCCCAUGCCAUCGAAGUUAUCUUGCAAAUCUCUUUGUGCUUUCUCCAAACAAGAAAACAGUACUUUGGAGUCAGAACAACGAUCAAAGUCGGCAAUAAAACUGUGGGGACUAAUAAUUUUCUAUGCACUAGUCAUGGUAGUAGAGAUUGUUGGUGGUAUUAAAGCGAACAGCCUUGCAGUUAUCACAGAUGCAGCCCACUUACUCUCUGAUGUUGCGGGGUUCUCUAUCUCUCUUUUCACAGUAUGGGCUUCUGGUUGGGAGGCAACAUCUCACCAGUCUUUUGGAUACAACCGUCUCGAGGUUUUGGGCGCCCUUCUAUCCGUGCAGCUCAUAUGGCUAAUCUCUGGAUUCUUAAUUUACGAAGCCAUCGACAGAAUUCUUCACGAACACGCAAAGGUGAAUGGGAAACUCAUGUUUGCGGUUGCAGCAUUCGGAUUUAUUAUUAACUGCCUGAUGGUUGCAUGGCUUGGUCACGACCACCACCACCACCGCCACCACAAGCAUCAUGCCUGUGGACAUGUGGAUCAUGAUCAUGAAAGAGAGGAGGUAUGUGCAACAACUGAAGAGAAGAGUAAUUUGGUGUCAUAUUCUCCAGAAAAGGCGAAAAAAUUGAACAUAAAUGUUCGAGGGGCUUACUUGCAUGUGAUGACUGAUUUGAUUCAGUCUGUAGGGGUGAUGAUCGCCGGAGCCAUCAUAUGGGCAAAACCAGAUUGGUUAGUGGUUGAUCUGAUUUGCACUCUUAUAUUUGCUGUUCUUGCUUUAAGCACUACUCUGCCCAUGCUUAGAGAUAUAUAUGGCAUACUGAUGGAGAGGACUCCAAGUGAGAUUGAUAUUGAUGAACUGGAAAACAGCCUCAAGUUCAUAAAAGGAGUUCAGGAUAUUCAUGACCUUCAUGUUUGGGCCAUAACAGUAGGGAAAAUUGUAUUAUCUUGCCAUGUUACAGCUGAACCUCUAGUUUGCUCUCGUGAUUUAAUUUCCAAGAUCAGAGAUUUUUGUGAAAAAACAUACGGAAUACAUCAUGUAACUAUACAAAUUGAGUAGUAUAUUACCAUUUUAUCUUU